AUGGCGAAGCCCGCUGCAUUACCUUUUGCUUUCAGAUUUUCAUCGAGGCCGACCAAAAUGGCGAGGCCGUUUAACGUUCCCUGGCCCCUUUCCGUGCUCGCUGCUUGCAAUAUAGUUUCUGGUUCUAACGAAAACGUAACCCAACGAAUUCAAAAUCUUGGAUCCAGAAAUUACAGGAAAGCAGCAUUCUCGAAUUACUCCCUUCUGGGAUUGAGAGAUUUUUCCAGUUCAGUUUCUAGGAAUGCAGGUGAAAGCAGUGAAAAACCUCUUCCUUGGUUAUCUGCAUCUAUGGAAAGGGAACGCAGGAAGGCUUCCAAGAAUGAGACAGGUAAAGGGGUUAAGUCCUCGUGGGAAGAGUCUGCAGAGAAGUUUCUAAAAGGCGCUGGCCCGGAUGUGGAAGUUAAAGUAAGAGAAACCCAUAACUAUGAAAACAAUAGAAGAAAAGAAUUCCCGUACAAAGACGGGGACGAAGAUGACGAUGGGGACACAGAAAUUUCGAACGAUCCAAGAUGGCAUAACAUACAGAGAAGGUACGAAGGCUUCGUCAAUUCAAAAUCCAGGCCCGAGGUCAAGAGAUGGAACAAGCAAGACGAGUGGGGCAGGAAGACAUGGAAAGAAGCCAAGGAAUCCACGCUGCCGAAAAUAGUAGGAGAGGGCAUCUACGGAGUGGGCCCCGUCCUUGCCGCGCUCUCGGCUGGGCGGAGGGAGCUUUACGCUCUGUACAUCCAAGAAGGCCUCAACCUAAGCACCAACAACAAGAAAAAGGACAAGAGAAGUUUCGAGCGAAUCCUGAAGUUGGCCGAAAACAUCGGAUUAGUAAUAAAGGAUGUAUCCAAACACGACCUCAACAUGUGUGUCGACAACCGGCCACAUCAGGGCCUCAUGCUUGACGCCUCGCCUCUUGAGAUGGUCGACAUAAAGGAGCUCGACCGCGUCUCGCCUGGUCUGAGUGAGCGGGUCCCGCUGUGGGUGGCGCUGGACGAGGUCACCGACCCCCAGAACCUGGGAGCCAUCAUCCGCUCUGCCUACUUCUUUGGUGCCUGUGGGUUGGUGCUUUGUGCCAAGAACUCGGCUCCGUUGAGUGGUGUCGUGAGCAAGGCCAGCGCUGGGGCGCUCGAGCUGACCGACCUCAGGUCGUGCAGGAACAUGAUGCGCUUCUUGGGGUCGUCGGCGGAGAAUGGGUGGCGGGUGCUCGGGGGUUCGGUUUCUCCGAAGGCUGUGCCUAUAGGUGAUGUUGGGCCGGGCAAGCCCACGAUACUUGUGCUAGGGAGUGAGGGUACUGGAUUGAGGCCCUUGGUGGAGAGAGCGUGCAGUGAGUUGAUUAGGAUUCCUGGAAAUCAACCGGUUGGGUUGGUUGAUGAGGAUGUGGGCAGUGGGUGUCGUGAGUUCUUGGCGGUUGAGAGCUUGAAUGUUAGUGUGGCUGCUGGGGUUAUGCUCAACCACUUGAUUGGAGGGAGCUGUGGUGGUGUACGGGAAAUUAGUUCCACGUAA